AUCCGCACACAGGACUCCAGCAGGAACUAAAGAGGUUCAUAGGAGGCUGUCUUAAAAACUGGAGGACACACUCCUCCCGUAAUCCAUGUGAAACGAUCGGAUUAGACACGAAUACAGAAGUCUGCACGAACAAAAGACUGGAUCACCACGCGUAUGAUGACAAACUUUGCGAUGCGGAUCUCACGCGGAAGUUUCACGCAGCGUGCACCGCGUAAACUGCAGAUUUACUUCGGAUCUUGUGUGGAUCUAUUCUGCAUCUAGUACUUAUACAAUAUGCGCUUGGGUUCAAAACAUUGUGUUAUUGGAACAGAGUUUGAUGGUUUCGAUCAGACCGCAAAAAUGUUGCCACGCAGUCGUGUUUGAGUUCAGGGAGUUUACUGACUGAAGGACUGCCCUGCUAUGGCUACAUUCACACACUCCGUGUUUGGAAUGGACAAACGUGUUUACUAACGAGUGUUUAUACUCUAAAAUUGUGUAUGUUCUCACAGUCUGUAUGAAACAGGUAAACCGCAGUUAAAGCUCGUUUCUAUUCUCGCGAUAUUUUUGAGUCGCGCCUGUAACCAUAGCGACAAAGAUCGAAUUCAUUUUCAUUGGACGCUGUUGGGCAAUUCGCUCAAAUGUCUAUAUUUUCUCAGUUACCAAAACCUCACCGGUUAUAUUAAACCCAUUCAGUUUUGUGUGUGUGUGUGUUCCCUCACUCGCCUAAAUAAUGAAUUGAUGUCUUGUUCUAAUUCAGUUGCGACUCCUGAAUAGUUCAGGUAGUCACUUAAGUUCUCGAAAGCGGAGUCACUCUCUUUCAGAAGCCAACCAACUGUAAACUGAACACUCCAAACAAGUUUGAGAAGCAUAUCCUGCUGCUGUGUGAAUGUAAAUUCAGUUUAUAAUCUUAAAAAUGAAGUUUAGGAAGUAUUUUAGGGGCAGUGGAAGGGUCCUGGCAUUUGUGUUUAUUGCUUCUGUAAUCUGGCUCAUCUUUGAUAUCGCAGCACUGCGGAUAUCCAUUAUUGAUGUGAAUCAGGAUCUCAAAGAGAGAGAGGUUGUACGAAAACAGGGAAGAAGGAAAGACAAUGUUGAGGAUGAGGUGUUCAAACAUCCAUUGCAAAAAGUAAACGUGGACAAGAUGGGGAUUUUUAAAAAACCCAAUAGGUUUGAAAGGAAAGUUGAUGAGGUUUACAGAAAGUCAGAAACCAAAGCUCCGCUAAAACAAGACAACAAUGUGAAUCCAAAGUUAAAGGCUGGUAAAUUUUUUGUGGUGCAAAAAGAGGCAGUUAAUCAAAGCAAAGUGUAUCUAACCGUGAAAUCAUCUGUGAAAGUAACAAUUCUCAACAUUCACGAAAAGAGUAAUGAAACAAAAACUGUAAUGAAUGUCAAAGUGAACUAUAUAACUUCAAAGAUUACCAAAAUAAAGACAGAAAAACAUCUAGAUGUUAAAGAACAUGUGGUUUCUAAAGUGCCGCCUGCAGUCCAGGAGGAAAAACGUCUUUCACCGCUCAAAGAAAAAGGUAUAAGGACAGUACACCAUACUAAUGCAACACAAGUAACACUACAUGGGGAAGUACAUGUAGAUGCUGGUUUACACAAGAACUUGAGUAAUGAUUUGCUGAAACUUGCAGAGAGGGAUAAAGCAAAAAGCAUUACUGAGAAACAUGUCAGCACUUUCAUCAAAUCUAAAACACAUUUUACUCAAAAACCAAGUGAACUGAAGCUGCAAGGCCAAGUAGAUGAGGCAUCAAAGGUACUGAACUCCACAGUUGUGAGGGUCAGGAGGUCAGGUGGACUUCAUAAAGUCAUGGCCCUGGAUGUGACUGAGAAGCCCAGAGACCAACAGGCUGUGGGACAGUUUGGACAGCCUGCAAGAGUCCCCAGAGGUAAAGAGCUGGAGAGCCAAAGACGCUGGAAAGAAGGACAUUUUAAUGUGUUCCUGAGUGAGCAGAUACCAAUAGACAGAGCCAUACCAGACACCAGACCCCAAACAUGCUCGGAGAGCCUUGUUCAUGAUGAUCUGCCCUCUACCAGUGUGAUCUUCUGCUUUGUGGAUGAGGUUUGGUCGACUCUGCUCCGUUCAGUUCACAGUGUGCUCAACAGAUCUCCUCCACACCUCCUAAAGGAGAUCAUUCUGGUGGACGACUGCAGCACCAAAGACUAUCUGAAGGAGCAGUUGGAUGUGUAUAUGUCUCAGUUCCCUAAAGUACGAAUCAUUCGUCUGAAAGAGAGGCAGGGCCUCAUCAGAGCCAGGAUGGCAGGAGCUGCUGCUGCUACAGGUGACGUGUUGACAUUUCUGGACUCGCAUGUUGAGUGUAAUGUGGGCUGGCUGGAGCCUCUGUUAGAGAGAGUUUACCUGGACCACAAGAAAGUGGUCUGUCCUGUUAUUGAGGUCAUCAGUGAUAAAGAUAUGAGUUAUAUGCUGGUUGAUAAUUUCCAAAGAGGCAUUUUCCGAUGGCCGCUAGUGUUUGCCUGGAGCGCUCUGCCUGAGGAAUAUAUCAGACAGAACCACGUGAAGGAUUCUGACCCCAUCAGGUGUCCUGUUAUGGCAGGGGGUCUUUUCUCUAUAGAUAAGAACUAUUUUUAUGAGUUGGGUGCGUAUGACCCAGGCCUGGAUGUGUGGGGAGGAGAAAACAUGGAAAUCUCUUUCAAGAUCUGGAUGUGUGGUGGCGAGAUUGAGAUCAUCCCCUGCUCACGUGUGGGACACAUCUUCCGUGGUGAUAACCCUUACAAGUUCCCUAAAGACCGGGUGAAGACAGUGGAAAGGAACUUGGCCAGGGUGGCAGAGGUAUGGCUGGAUGAAUAUAAAGAGCUCUUCUAUGGUCACGGCUAUCACCACCUGCUGGACAAGAGCGUGACUGAUAUAGGAAACCUGACAGAACAAAUUGUGCUGAGAGAGAAACUCAAGUGUAAGAGCUUUAAAUGGUACCUGGAGAAUGUCUACCCAGACCUGGAUGCCCCUCUGGUCAAAGCUGAAGGACUGAUUUUCAACAUUGGGGCCAGAAAAUGUUUGAUAUUUCAAAAUGGCAUUUUAUCCUUUGAUAAAUGUGAUCUCACAAAUAAGAGUCAACACUUCAGCUACACCUGGUUAAGGAUGCUUAGACAGAACACUUCCUGUGUAGCUUCCCAGGAGACACGUGUGAUCAUGGAGCCAUGUGACAACACUAAGCAACAGCUCCGCUGGAUGCACAAGUCUGGUAAUGUUCUGACUGAGCAUCUGAAGAUGGAGGGCAGUUUCCGACCCGUCUGUCUGGAGGCUGGAGUUAAAGCUGAUGCCGUCUUCCUGAAGGACUGUGAUACCAUCAACAGUUUACAGAAAUGGCAGUUUACACACUACUAUACUCAGUGACAUCAGAAUGUCACUCACAUACUUCACCAAUCACUCCUCUAGGUUUUUUUCAUGCUUUGUUAAGUGGAGGUUUUCAAAUGUGUGCAUAAUUGUGGUUUAAGGGAACAUUUUUGGUCUGUGCAAUGUCCUUGUUCAUUUGUAAAAUACAGAUGCAUUUUUGUUGUUUGGUCUUCUUUGGGCACAUUCUUACUCAAAUGUGUUAAGAGUUCAAUCGGGUUAUUAGUAUUUUUAGGGUUUGGGUGAGAAAUGGCUUUGGAAAUCUUAUUUUUUUUAAAGAACAAAUGAAUUAAAUGUUUUGCACAACAGAUAACCCUAAAGUGCCUUUAAAGAUGAUUUUAACCAAAUUAAAGUUGAAUGUAUGCAGUCUGAAAAGUUCAUUUUUCACAUGUUGCUGUUGUAAUGAACAUGUAUGAUCAUUAUGAUUUACCACUAGGAAGCUGUUUUCAACAUAAACCUCUUCCACGUGUGACACUACAAGCACUACAACAUCAUCUCACUUCUGCUGCUAAAGAUUUCAGACAGUUUCUUCAUUUAAAAAGUGGUAAAGAGAAAUACUGUUAACAUAAGUGCCUGUUUAUUUCAGCACUGUAGGACACAAACUGUAUACUAAAUGAAACUAAUAAAAACAUAUUUGCCUUC